AUGUUGGCAGUAUUGUUGCUGGCUGCGCCGGCGCUCGCGUUCCCUGCUCUCGUCUCGACCGAAGGACAGACGCCAAUUGGGGUGCAGGACCACUCGCAGGGAUACAAAUUCGACCCGCUGCUCCAUCUUCCAGGCACGUCACCAUACUUUGACGCUGUCGGAUUCGGACUCGAGCACACGGCGCCGGUUGGGUGCAACAUCACAGCAGCAUCGUACAUUGUGAGGCACGGAGCCAUCUAUGCAAACGAUGACGAAUACGAAGAAUACAUCAAGCCGUUUCUCUUCAGACUCGAAAAACACAGGGACGGCUGGUCAGGGCCCCUCGCUUUCAUGAGCCAAUGGCAGUCGCCCAUCCUCGAAGAUAGACUCGAAGAACUCACACCCUCGGGCGCGCGCGACGCCGAGAAAGUGGGAAGGCAUCUCGUCGAGCGUUAUCCAGACUUGGCCCCGCACACGACCAGGAUAUUGGCAGACAAGAAGAGCAGGACUUUCGACACGGCCACAAACUUUACCAGAGGCUUCCCACACCACAAUGACAUCGAGGUUGUGCGUGUCCUUGAAAACGACAACGGAUCUAUGGAGUCACUCGUCCCGCAUAAGCUGUGCGACAACUUCAACAAGGAACCUGGUACUAAGGAGCAGCACAAAUUCAUCAACAUGUAUGGCUCUAGAAUAGCUGUCCGGCUUGCGCCUUUCACACCUUUCAAGCUCCGUCCCAAGGAUGUUGUGGGCAUGCAGUCCAUCUGCGGCUACGAAAGCGCCAUCCUCGGCAAGCGCUCCCCGAUGUGCGCUGUCUUCACCGACGCUGAAUGGAUGGCCUACGAAUAUCACUGGGACCUCAAGUACGCCCACAUGGUUGGGCCCCUGAAUCCCUUGUCUCCCUACCUCGGCUUCCCUUGGUUGCAAGCCCAAUCUGACCUCUUCGCCCAUAUCGACAAGCAUGACACACCCAGCGGUGGCUGGCCUGAUAAGCAACGCUUGUUCCUCUCCUUCACCCACCGCGAAGUCCCUCCUUUUAUCGCUACUGCUAUAGGUCUCUUCAACUCAUCAUCCGAUGCCGGUGAGCAGUUUCCCACCGACCACAUCAAUUGGACCCGCGCUUGGCGCAUGUCCGACCUUAUCCCCUUCCUUGGCCACGUUGGUAUGGAGAAGAUGACGUGUAGUCGCGGCGGCGCCGUCGAUGCUGACGGAAACUCGGGGCCUGGAGACUACGUGAGAUUCAUCGCAAACACGGCGCCCAGACCCAUUCCGCAGUGUCAGAGUGGGCCUGGUGCAAGCUGUCCGUUGGAGGAAUUUAGAGAUAUCAUUGGAAAGGGUGCAAAGCAGCAUAAGGAUUUCCAUAAGGUGUGCGAUAAGAAGGGAAAGAAGCAUAACAACUAG